UUUUUGCUGGGGAUACCCUAUUACAGAUAUAUUUACAAGGAACUUCACCAGCCCUGAGGGUUCUGUAGUAGGUUGGGGUCCAACAAGAGGAUGCGUUCAUCAGACAAUGGGUCCUUUAGCAGUGGGGAGAUAAUCCCAUCAGCCAUCAUGAAUCUUUUACCACUCCCCUAACCAGCAUGCUGGUGGACAUCCAAUCAGAAAGGUCUUGCAAGACCAUGUGGGCAUAGAACUCACGUUGAUAAAACUAGUUUGAAGCAGGAAGUCUUUCUCUUUCGCCCAGAAGCACUCCCCAGAAGCAGGACCCUGCAGAGAAAGAAGUCUGAGCACUCACCAAAACAAAGAAAGAAAAACACCACCAAAGAAGAUGAGCAUAAGGGAUGAUGAAAUGAGCAAUCUUCUCGAUAUCCCUCAAGAUAUGGAAAAUGUUGUUCAAGCCCCUCGGUCUGGGAGAGCCACUUUUUCGCUCUCAAAGGGUUCGGACCCAUAUCUCAUCCCAAAGGAUGAGGUUCUCACAUCACAGGCUGUUAGAAACACAGUAUCUGAUGGCAUAGGGCAGAGAAGUGAUGAUAACAUAGUGGACCUGACAAAUACCCAGGACGGGUUGCGGAAUCUGACUGAGAGUGCUCUAGAGGAAGAACCUGAACCAGCCCCCGCACGUCUAAGCAGAUUGAAGAGAAAAGCAAAGAGUAAGGAUGUAGUAUCCCAUGAACAGCAUCAACCCGGACACAUGGCGCCCAGGGACUCCGACGUGGAGGUGCAGCCAGCCUACAAAAAACCCAGAAAGGCUAUCCUGGAACCUGAACAUGAACCGGGGGUCCGUGAUGUCCAAGAGUUGAACGCCCAAGAUAACGAGUUCUUGGCCAGCAUGGCACGUGUUACAGAACACAUAGAGACAUUGAUAAGGACUAGGGCUGUGGCUUUUGAACGCAAGGCCGAAGCUGAGCAACACCUUGAACAAGCAAAACGCAUUAUACGUAAACAAAUGGCGGUGAUUAGUGAUACUUCACAACAGCUAGAAUGUCUAAAGACACGUGCAAACCCUGUGUGUGAUUUCGUAGACAGAAAUAAAAAAGAUCAACCAUACCCUGUCUGCAUACAGGUGGGGGGAGGGGCCACAUCUAACCACCAGCCAGGAGGGUAUAGGAAUGCUUCUGAUUCUUCAGACGAAUUUGAACCAUCCGAGGAGUCACCUAGUGGCCCCGGUCCUCAGAAUGCUUUUACUGAACAGUGUGAAACCCAGAAUGGGUCCUCUCUAGGUGAGGCUUCUGAUGUUGGCCCGAAUGCCACCCCCAAAGAGCGGGCUACCCACAGCGGAGCUUCUCGAGGAGGCUUGGCGUUCGAUGUUGGACCUGCAGCGGGUUCCCAACAGUUCUCUUCUGAAGAAGCAGCAGGCAUUUCUGAAGAAACCCCACCUGUGGAUCUUCAGUUUAUACAGCGUUAUAAUAGGAGCUAUGCACGCUUUAAUGGAACUGAAAUGUAUUACGAAUUCAAGUUUGUGAAUUUGGACAGAGUACACUCCUUUUGUGAUGCGCUAUCUGGGAUGCAUUCUGCUAUUCAAAGGGUUUUGGAUAAUAUAAACAACCAUAUAGAACCAGGGGACUUUGUACAGCUCAGAUUGCGAGCGCCAGGGAUUUCAAACCCCCUUUACUCAGCAAGGAGACAGGCAGGCCAUCUGAACGCUGAGGCAUUCCUAAGCGCUAUAUCUAAUCUGCUUCAAAGUUAUGCACAAAUUUUAGCUGAUGGUGUAUUAACACUGGCUGUGAUUGUCAUCACACCCCCACGAGGAGCCGGUCGCAGGCAUAUAAAAUCAAUACCCUAUAGCAGCAUUAUACAGAAAAAGAGGCUGCAUCUGAUAGAUGUCCCCAUGCCUAACACAGCCCUCUGUUUUGCAGCGAGUCUCAUGGCUGUUCUAGAUUUGAGAGCCACCGCUACACAGAUAAAAAAGGGAGCAAAAAAGUUGUACCAGGAUCUUGGGUGGAGUGAGCAAAAACAAGUGUCUUAUGCAGACGUGGAAACCGUAGAGACACACAUGAAGGUCAAUAUUGUUGUUGUGCAAUGGGGAACUUCUGGAUGGAGUAUUUUAAAAACUCCUGAACAGAAGUACCUCAAAACCUGUUUUCUGUUACUUCAUAAGGAUCAUUAUUAUGGGGUUAAGAACAUCAAGGGGUUUUUUGGGACCAGAAAUUUUUGUUAUGUCUGCUACACGCCCUACAGACACACACACGACUGUUUGAUGAGGUGCCACCGCUGUUUAGAGGCUGGAUGUGUAAAACACGUGGGGCGUGUAAUCAGAUGCCCCAAAUGCAAGAUGCAGUGUAGAUCACAUGAGUGUCUAGGAAAGCAUAUGAAGCUCGCCGCCGUGGGGCGGGUAGAAUGCAUCCCGCGUGAUCUAUGUGAAAAGUGCUUCCGCUAUGUCGAGCUGGGUCAUGAAACUGAACGCAUCUGUAGGGGAAAGCAGUGCUGUGUCUGUUAUGAGUACCUUUCCCCCGGGGUAGAACACGCGUGUUACAUUCCACGUCUACAGUACCCCGAGAUAUCAGUAAAAUAUGUGUUUUAUGACUGCGAAUGCAGGCAGGAGGAUGGGGUCCACGUCCCAAACUAUAUUUAUGCCAAGGCCUUUGAAGGGGAGACUGUGGAACCUGUUAAAGCAUAUCAAGAGAAACAGAAAGAUUGGGAGAAGUGGGGGCCCCAAGGGGAUUAUUGGGAAUUUAAGGGAGAUAAAUGUCUGAAUGAGUUUGUAUUACGUUUUACAUCAGAUAAUAAGUUUAUGGGGUGCACUUUUCUGGCUCACAACUCGCGGAGCUACGAUGGCAUUUUGAUACUGAGAGAGCUAAUCAAUGAAGGCCUCGAUAAGGAAUUGGCCUAUUACUGUCAGAAAGAUGUAGACAUCCUGAUGCAGGCCUGUACAAAAUAUAGACAUGAAUUGGUUGAGAUGACAUGGGAUGUCGUUGAUAAACCUAUGGGGAGGAAAAAUGCCAGGGUGCUGGUGGGUAUUGACCCCUUCCAAUACCCUACGCUUGCUAGUGUGUGCUUAAGAAUGUACCGCUACAAGUAUCUGAAAGAUGAAGAGAUCGCCAUACCGGCCCCAGAUAACUACCAUCAUCAGUGCAAAAGAUUCUCAACUAUGUCCAUUCAAUGGUUGGAAUACAUAGCCCACAGGGAAAACAUACAUAUUCAACACGCUUUGAAAGGGGGUGAGUUUAAGGUUGAUAUUCCUCAGGAGCUUCAGGAGGCGUCGGGGGGUGUUAAGGCAUAUUAUUUAGAUGGUUAUUCUGUGAAUGGGGGAAAGAAAUGUGCUUUUGAAUUUAAUGGCUGCUUUUAUCACGGGUGUGUAACCUGUUAUUCAGCACACAAACAGCACCCCAUGUUGUCGGAAACCUAUGGUUUUCUCUACAAUGCUAGUGAGAGGAAAGCAGAUGUCUUAAAACGCAUGGGGUUUGAAGUCCGUUGUAUAUGGGAGCAUGAGUGGCGUGACAUGGUCAAGGGGGAUCAGAAGGUGGUAGAUUUUCUGAAGCAGCAGGGAUUUCCAGAACCUCUGGAACCUAGAGAUGCGUUGUUUGGGGGCAGGACAGGAUGUGUGAGUCUGUAUUAUGAGGCGAAGGAGGGAGAACAGAUUCACUACUCAGAUUUUACCUCUCUCUAUCCAUUUAUCAUGCGAAAUCGCCAGUUUCCCAUAGGACACCCUAAAGUAAUUUAUGACGAUUUUAGACCACUCUCUGAAUAUUUUGGAAUUGCCAAGGUGAAGGUAUACCCACCACGCCGUCUCUUUUUCCCUGUCCUCCCUGUCAAAGUGAACGGGAAGCUCAUGUUUCCGCUGUGCAGUCUCUGUGCAGACUCACAGCAGCUGGAGCAAUGCAGGCACAAUGAUGAGGAAAGGGCUUUAGUGGGUACAUGGUGCACUGUAGAAUUGAAUGUUGCUGUGGCUAAAGGUUACAGGGUGGCACAGAUCUAUGAGGUUUGGCAUUUUGAAAGGAGUUCUGGCAGCCUCUUUUCAGAGUACGUCAAAACAUUUCUCAGACAGAAGCAAGAGGCAUCGGGCUACCCAGCAGAGUAUGUCAGCAGGGAGGAUAGGGAGAAAUACAUUGCUGAGUAUUAUAAGAAAGAAGGUCUGUGUUUACGCCCCGAGAUGAUUGAAUCAAAUCCUGCUAAACGCCAGAUAGCCAAGCUUUUCUUAAAUUCCUUGUGGGGGAAAUUUGCUCAGAGGUCAAACCUUCCUAGGACAUCCAUAGUAAAAAGCCCUAAUGAGCUUUUCCAAUACCUCUUUUCAGAUAGCUAUGAGGUCUCUAUUCUGAAAAAUCUGGUUUUUGCCUACGUUUCGGACCGGAACCCGCCACGUGAGAUUGUGGUAGAGCAGAAUGGCAUCAUUAGAAAUAAGAGGAGAUGGGAGAUAGAAACACGUCUUUUGAGGAAGACGCAGAGAGUGGUGUUUGAUAAGCGCGUCAUCGUUGAGGGUUUUAAGACUAUCCCCUACGGGUAUUAA